CUUAGCCUCCGUUUGCCUGAAAUGUUACACCAUUCUUUUUUGUAGUAUGUUCUUCAGCCAACCUGCUGCUUUUCCCACUCUGUGGCCGCACUCUCACAGACACCGUGGGUGCAUCCUUCUCUUUUAUUCUUUCCGUGCAUUAGAAAUUCCAUAAGUCCUUCAACCUCAGCUUGCAGGACCUACUUACUCAUUCAGAGCACAAUUAAUUUACCAUAGUACGACCGGAUAGAAUCCAAAUUCACAACUCUGGGUCCUCUCAUACACCUUGAUCGCCCACUCCAAUCAGGGAAGCUUUGUCCCCAGUGCGUUGAGAUGUUUGAUGGCGGGUCGAAUGAGGGUAACCAUCACAGGCAGUUCGAUCAAAUCAACAAAUCAGCGAAAUGCGGUGAAACCUUUGUCUAUCGUCAUACUAUGAUAUUUCUGGGAUAAUCCGCAAUAUUCCUAACGGAGCAUCGCCGACCCUAAUAUUAUGGAAGCAAGAACUGUCCCAUAGAGCAUCAAUGUUUGAUUUGAUGUUUUUCAAGUUGAUAAAAGAAGAUGAGCUUGCUGGAGACUCUCAAGAUCGGGUAGAUGUGAUCUAUGAGUAUAUCGAUCAACUGCCGAAAGAUGCGCCGAUAUGCGUUAAGGAGUGCAGUGCUACUAGUACAGGCCAUUUGGGCCCAUUGUUACAGGCACAUCUCAGCGACAAGAAUAAUAUCAAAGUGGUUACGAUGGAAGGGCAUCCUUCUGGUGCACCCUACGCUACGUUGAGUUAUUGCUGGGGACCAAACCCUCAGUUCUUAAGACUUACAGCCGAAAAUUACAAUCAGCUGAGGGGAGACAUUGCUAUUUCGACUCUACCGCAAACCUUCAGAGAUGCAAUUCUAGUAACCCAAACACUGGGCUUGUCAUAUUUAUGGAUUGAUAGCCUAUGCAUUCUCCAGGAGGGUCCAGGUUCCGAGGAAGAUUGGCUUUUCCAUCUCCACGACAUGGCUGAUAUUUUCUCAAACUGCCAUGUCUGCAUUUCUGCCGAUAAUGGUGCCAACCCACACAAAGGUUUGUUCUCGAAGAGAGAUCACACCCUGAUCCAGCCAUUAUUCUUCAAAGCGACAGUAGUAAAGGAUCCCGUUAUGGAAAUCUACUUGACCCUGAAUCCUAAGAGCCAAUGCUCUUUCGCAUUUGCGGACGCGCCACUCUGGAAAAGGGGCUGGGUCACGCAAGAGCGCAUUCUUUCCCCAAGAAUCCUACAUUUCGGAAGAGACCAGUUGUUCUGGGAAUGUGCUGGUAUAAGGUUGGCAUCUGAAACGUUUCCUUGUGAUAAAGACAAGCUCAAUGCUUUGGCUGGUAUUGCUAAACAGGUAGCCCGGGCAUCAGACGACAGUUACCAUGCUGGAGUCUUCAAGAAGCACCUACCCGAGCAGCUCCUGUGGAGAUCCACAAAAGGGUUCCAAGCUGACAAUCUUCGAGGGCCUUCAUGGUCAUGGGCAAGCCACAAUGGCCAGAUAAAUUUUGGGCCUAUAAUCCUGUACCGGGGAAGUGGUCAGUGGGGAGUUGCUCAGCAGGUAGUUGCUCGGCUCGUUGACAUUCACACUUGGCCAUGGCAGGAGAAUGGCAAUCGAUGGGAUGGCGCCCAGGGAGGUGUGAUAUCACUCGUUGCACCGAUUGUGGAUGUCGCAGAGAUUUCCCUCUACAAUAUUGGUGAUGACUUCUCUAAAACGGUGCAUUGGGAUGAGGUUAGUUCGAAUGAUUGUGCAACUCUCUAUAGAGAAGUCAAGGCCGUUUUCAUUCUAACCCAUCCUGUCCUUGGGCCUUAUACGUACUCUGGGUUGAUUAUAGGUCGCAAUGUCGCUGAGGAGGAUUACCGUCGCCUAGGAGUAUUCACCAUCAUCCAUCUCAAUCCCAGAACUGAACUAGCAACGAAGAUUGAAGACGACAACUUUUGGAAAUUGGUGCGCAUCAUCUGA